CGAGUGCCGAUUUGACGUGGCGCGCGCAUGCUUAAUUGGACUGACGAGUCCCUGAAGCAUUUCAUCUUGUAUCAACUUGACCUCCAACAAAAAACUCGAAUUUGGGAUACGAUAUCCAACAAGAUCUUGUUUCUCAUAUCAGCAGCAAAGAAUGCAGUGAUAGAGAACUAAUUCAGAUUAAUCUGCCGCGGUCAUGGCUAUCAGAGAGGAGAUUGUGGCUUCGGCUGCACAAUUUCUCCAAGACCCUAGUGUCAGCGCUUCCUCCAUCGACAGCAAGGUCGCAUUUUUGCAAGCAAAGAACCUCACCCCCGAGGAGGUAGAUGCCGCCCUGGCUCGCAGCGGCGCGCAUUCAGCCCCGAUUGCCGCCGCACCACCGGCCGCUUACUCGGCACCACCGGUCCAACCCCAAGCGGGCAUGGUUCCCGCCCCCGGAUACUACCAGCCACAAUACCCGCCUUACGGAUGGCAAAGGCCACCGCCAGAAGUUCCUAAGAGGGACUGGAGGGAUUGGUUCAUCAUGGCGACCGUCGUUGGAGGUGUUGGUUAUGGUGUUUUGGAAUUGACCAAGCGCUACAUCUACCCCCUUGUCGCACCACCCACCCCCGAAAGACUCGAAACGGACAAGCAGUUGAUCGAGGAGCAGUUCGACAGGCAGUUCGCCCUGGUCGAGCAGCUUGCCAAGGAUACAGAAGCCCUCAAGGCGGCCGAGCAGCAACGGACAGAACGGCUCGAUACCGCGAUCCUGGAGCUCGAGAACACCAUGGCAGAACUCAAGUCGGCCAACAGGCGGCGCGAAGAUGACGCCCAGCGGCUGCGGGACGACGUUCAAAACUUCAAAGACGCCCUGCCCAAGGCGUUGGAGGCGCAGAAGGAUGUCGCCAGCGAGCGCCUGAGGGAGGUAAUUACGGAGCUGAACAGCCUCAAGACCCUCAUAGGGCAAAGGAUGACUGGACCCGCCACACCAUCGCCUGCUCCCAGCAACUACCUGCGACCCUCGGUUAGCCCAACUCCCACGUCUCCGGCAGCUACAGAAAACGCGGCCACUCCCAGCACCGGCGCAAAUGGAACCUCGGCAGCCGAGGCCCCCAAGCCCCAGACCCCGGCUACCAGCAGUGGUCGCCCGUCUUUCGGUAUCGGCGGUGCAGGCAGCAGCGGCAUGUCGGCAUCUAUCCCGAGCUGGCAGCUGGCCAUGUCGGCCAAGUCGACUCCUGCGGCUAGCGGAACCAACGGUGCGACGAGCGGACAAGCCUCGGCAGCAACCCCGCCUGCGUCAAGCUAGGGAUACUUAGGUUGAAGUUGACUGAGAGGGUCUUUCGGGGGCUCUUGACUCCAGUGAUUAGUGGAGUGAACUGGGAUGUAUCGUUUUAAUUCAAGCUCGGCGUGUGUCAUUUACUGGCCAGUGUAUAAAUAAUAUGAUUACCACACCGCACAUUGGCCGUUCCGAUGGACUGCAGGGUGUGGAUUGGAGGACAAGGUCAUGCCAAAGGCAAGCUGAUCCGUGUAUCAAGAAACUGAAUGAAAACAUUUGAGGUGAUUCCUCGGUAGCGCUUUCCAGUUUCUAGUUCAAAAUUCAAGACAAGGUUGACAGUG